ACAACCGUCUUCUGAUCUGCUGGACAGCACCGAGGGACCGCUUCCGUUUCCAAUAUCGACUUGCCCCGACUUGAAGUGCCCUUGAUUGUUACCCUGGACCAAUGGGGCUGGACCGGGAAUUGGUGAAAGAAUCGGGGGUGGACAUGUCUCGAAGCAACUGGUAUGAAGACAUGAGGCGGCAGGAUGGGAAGGAUCCAUUAACAAGCGCCCCGGGGCCUCCAGCAAAGGAGUUGCCGCAGAGGCCGGGGCCUUUGAAGCUGGAAAUCCCAAGUCGAGGCGGAAGCCCAUCUCAGCCGCCGAACAGGCCACUUCCGCCGAGGCCCGUGGCAAAGUCAGCACCAAUCUCAAACAGAUCACCACCGUCGCGGGCUCGCUUGCUAUGGCCGCAAGCACCUUUAGCAAUGAAUCCUCCAACAAGACCGGGCACGGCGGCAACCCAGACGUCACGCACUCCAGCUUCACGAACGUUUCCUGGGUCGACGAAGCGGCUUUCCUGGACGACAAUUGCCUCAAAGAGACGAAUCAAGUACGGGCAGGGGAAGUACGGCCGGGUUGAGCUGGUGCCGCAGCCUAGUGAUGAUCCCGAUGAUCCCUUGAACUGGCCUGUAUGGAGAAAGGAACUCAACUUCUGGUGCAUCCUGCUCAUGGUUGCCAUGACUGGUGUGUUGAAAACGAUAUUUUUGACCGUGAAUGCCCAGCUUGCCGAGAACCUCAAGGUUUCCUACACAGCAGCCGUUGCCUUGACCGGUGUUCCACUGAUCAUCUCGGCCGUAACCGGAUGCAUCUGCCUCACUGCCUCGAGGAUAUGCGGCAAGAGGCCGCUCUACCUGGCCUCGCUGCUGUUGGUGCUUAUUGGUACCGUAUGGAACACCAAUGUUGGAAGCAGCUAUGCCCAGUCCAUGGCCGCCAGAAUAUUCCAGGGGCUUGGUUGGGGCGCUUUCGACACGCUUGUUUUGGGGUCGAUCCAGGACACUUACUUUGAACACGAGCGCGGUCUUCGCGUUGCCAUGCACUCCGUCGUGUCCGUCACGACAACCUGGGGACCUCCCUUACUCGGUGGGAUCGCCUCCCAAAGUCCGGCUGGUGUCAGCCUGCAGUUCGUGAUCCUCAGCGCUUUCUUCGUGGUCGCCGUCCCCGCCAUGGUCCUCGGGGCGCCGGAAACGACCUUUGAUCGGACUUCCGUAGCCGCCGAAACUCCCGUCACGGCGGGUAGCCAACUCAAGACCUCCUUUCCACUUCUCCCGCGCCGCCGACUUUCCAUCGAAACCUUCACGGACUACAUUGUCAAACUCAAACCCUAUGCCUACCGCGGGCCGGCAGACUCAACCAUCCUCCUCCAAGUGCCGCGCGCCUUCAUCACGCCCACAACAGCCCUUCUCGCCAUCGCCUCCUUACUGCCCACCUCCUCCCUCUGGGGCCUCGCCUCGUCCCUCUCCCUUUUCUUCCAACCCCUCCCUUUCAUUCUCUCCUCAGCAGCCGUCGGCUCACUCUUCACCGGCCCCUUCCUCCUGGCCACCGCCGUCGUCGCAGUCCCUGCCUUCCUCCCGCGCUGGCAGCAGCACACAAAGUUCACCCCGAAAAGCCACAUGCUAGCUCUAGCGUGCGGCUCCUCCCUAGUCUUCAUCGGCAUUCUCACCUUUGGCCUACACCUCGACAAGGCCAUGACGCCACCACCGCGGCCCGACGACAGCACGACAACGACAGGCCCUUCCAUCUUCGCGCUCGACUACUUAGCUCCUCGCGUUAACCUUCCGGCCAUGAGCUUCGUGCUCGGCCUGCUUGGGGCCGGCGCCCACGUCCUCGCGGCCACUGCCGCCCCGCUCAUUGCGCAGAGUACGGCCUUUACCGGGUCGAACCUUGCCGUGUCGACGCGGAACACGGCAGACAUGACGGCGGGCGUGGCGUGCUGGCGGACCCUGAUGGCGGGUGUGUUUAUAAUGGCCGUGCCGAACGCCGUGUGGUGGUGGGACGGGCUCAAGGCGUUCUGUAUCGGGAUUGGGGUUGCACAGGUCGUGGUUGUGGCGCUUGCUGGGGCGGUGUGGUGGUUUUGCGGGGAGCAGAUCCGGAGGUGGGAUGGGCGGGUUAUGGGGCUGCUUGACCUGGAGAGACUGAAGAGGACGGGCAGUUUCUUUGACGUGGAUUAGCAAGGUUUUUUUUUGGCGUGGUUAUUUCUGUAGGGAUGUUGAUGAAAGUGAUGUCUUAUGAAGAUGAAGAGCUUCUCGGUGGGACCUGACCCGUGUUGGAUGAGAUGACGAGAUGGAUCAUGUGGCAGCGGACCUAGGAGGCCUGGCUAGAUUGGUAUCGCACUAGGAUAUGGAAGUCGUUUGUUUUCU